AUGCAAAGCAGCAUAUCUCAGGAAAAACUCCAAUUGAUGCAAAAAAACUUUAACCUUGUGGAUAAUAACAAGGAUGGAAAAAUUAGCGCAGAGGAAUUUAAGACGCUCUUGCGAUUGCUCGGGCAAACCAAAACGGAAAAAGAGAUGGACCAGAUGGUGGAUAACCAUUUUGAAGACGCAAAAGAGGGGGAGGAGCAGGAGCAGCCGCAAGCUGCCGACGCUGCCGAGGCAGCCGAUAAGGGAGAAGGAGACAAAGGGACGCCAAGUGCAGCGAAGCAAUCAAGCGGUCAGAAAAACAAAGCCAAAGCUACCCCAAAUUACGAUCGAAUGAAAAACCUAAUCGGAAAGCUGAACCAUUUUAACGAUGAAGACAAAAAAAAAAAUAGCCCAAAUGGUCAAAAUGUCAGAACAUGUCAUAUAUAUGAAAAGAACGAAUUGAUGGACAAAAAAAAAAAACACAUCAACUUUGAGACAUUCUUGAGGAUAUUUCUUGAGACUUAUGAGGAACCCUUAUCGCUAGACGAGCUAAUCACCUCCUUUGAAUUUUUCGACAAAGAAAAAAGUGGCUAUCUUGAUGAGGAGAAAAUGAGAUUUAUUUUGAAGAACAGCGAUGAGAGGUUGGUCGAUGAGGACAUGAGAUUGUUUUUCAAAUCGCUAAACUUGAGAGAUAAGGACAAAAUUGAUUAUGUCACGCUGGCGAAGCGGCUCAAGAAUGUGACCUAA